AAAUUGUAUCCUACAAAUAGGGCUGGGAAAAGUGCGGAAGCAAUGCGCUGCACAGCAUUCAAGCUCACUUCAGUAGCUCAAACUCCGGUGAUGCUCAUCAUUUGGCAGGCGCUUGAUAACGAUCGUAGGCUCAUAGCCCGCUGCUCCGGAAGUUGUCGGUGGAGCGGCGGUGACCAUGCUGAAGUACCCAUCACCUGUGGCGAUUGGCUAUCGUAAAUCGAGUAUCUUUCACUGCACAUCUCCCUCACGGUCUCUGCCUAUCCGAAGGAGAGGAGGAAUCGCGAUGUCUUCCUUGACCAAGGAGGUCCCGAGAAUCGCCGUCGAUCCCAUGGUGGUAGCCCCUCCUUCUCACCCCACCUACGACCUUAAGGCUGUCAUAAGGCUUGCGCUUUCGGAAGACGCCGGUGAUCGAGGAGAUGUAACUUGUUUGGCUACCAUCCCAAUUACUGAGAAGGUGGAAGCACAUUUUUUAGCUAAGGAGGAUGGAAUUGUUGCCGGAAUUGCACUUGCUGAUAUGAUCUUCAAGGAAGUUGAUCCUUCAUUAAAGGUUGAAUGGUACGCAAGAGAUGGUGACUGCAUACAUAAAGGCUUACAAUUUGGUCGAGUGCAGGGAGGUGCUCAUAGUAUACUGAUUGCAGAAAGAAUUGUGCUCAAUUUUAUGCAAAGAAUGAGUGGAAUUGCCACACAUACAAAGGCAAUGGCUGAUGCUGCAAGUCCUGCAUGUAUUCUAGAGACACGGAAAACUGCACCUGGUUUACGUUUGGUGGACAAGUGGGCGGUGCUGAUUGGUGGUGGAAAGAACCACAGAAUGGGCUUGUUUGAUAUGGUCAUGAUCAAAGAUAAUCAUAUAUCAAUAGCUGGAGGUGUUGCAAGUGCGCUUAGAUCUGUGGAUGAGUAUAUAGAAAGUAACAAGCUUCAAAUGGGUGUGGAGAUUGAGACAAGGACAAUUGAAGAAGUAAAUGAAGUAUUAAAUUAUGCAGCACAAAGGGAAUCUUCAUUGACACGCAUAAUGCUGGACAAUAUGGUUAUACCCCUUCCAGAUGAUGAUGUGGAUGUCUCUAUGCUUAAAGAAGCUGUUGACCUAAUAAAUGGGAGAUUUGAGACGGAGGCUUCUGGUAAUGUCACCAUCAAGACAGUUAAAAAAAUCGGGCAGACUGGAGUGACCUAUAUUUCGAGUGGCGCAUUGACGCACUCUGUCAAAGCACUGGAUAUCUCACUGAAGAUUGAUACAGAGCUCGCUCUUGCAGUUGGCAGGCGCACAAAGCGCGCGUGAACGCUAUUUAUUCUUAUGGGAUAUAGUGUAUAAAUCACUAAUAUAGAGGCUAUAUUCUUGCCAGUCAAGGGGGCUGGAUAUGCUUCGCGGUCGAAGUUUAGCAAUGCAUUUUUCUCAUCCAAUAAAAUUGUUCAAAUGUUGUUUUGUAUUA